AUGCUUGGCAUCCGGCGGCCAUGGCGCAUGAUAACGACGAGCGACAAGUUGACGAGGAGGGAUGCCCACGAGAGUGGAGGGGGUUUCAGCCUGGUGGGCACGCUCAGUGCUGGGGCCGGAACAACUAGCGUUUGCGUGAAGGCCAACCAGCGAUAUUCACAAGGGAAGGAAGACCGGAGAGGACGACCCGUCAAAAGCUUGCACCAUUCUCUCGUUGAAGAGACAGUACUGAAGAUGACCGAGGCCUCCGUUCUGAACGUCUUCGAAAGGGAUCGGGAGGAGGAGGAGGAUGAGGAGGAUGAGAAGUAAAAGAGAGCUUACCGGGCGUUGAUCGCAAGGUCCUUUAAAUCAGCGAGUCAUUUUGGCGCUCCGCAUUUCUGCGAUUGGUCCAGGCUCCGCUUCUGACGCACGCGCACGUGCCUAAGCGCCUAUCGGUGCUCUACCUCCCUCGACUGUCGCUUACACCUGGCCAACCAAGGAAAUCGGACAAUGAAGAUAAACAUAUCGCAUGUCGAGGACGCGUUGAGCCUUCGGUCGCCUGUCCUCUGACCAACAGUACCCCCUGAAGAAGGACCUGUACCACCGCCGCCACCGCACGUACCACCGGAAUGAUAAUAUCCACAGCGACAUUCAUGCCCAGAGCGUGUGACGCAGUGGAGAACGGUGCAAUGGUGCGGGCUGUUUGAUCCACGAAUCGAAACCUCGACUACCUGCCUCUCGUAUUGAGUGUGCGUUUGGCAGCGGCGCAGCUACUUGACCAAACAGACCGUCAGGAUUACGACAGUGGCCCGUGCGAGUUGAUACAGGGGAAAGAAGGGAGGAGGGCAUGCUUCAUGUCGGAGGGAUGGAGGUGGAUAUG